UCAUAGAUUUCGGAUUGACCUAAUUUAUACGACACGUUAUUAAAAGUCGGUUGACAUAAAAUGUUCUUUCAUAUGCAUGUCUAUACAUACAUAUGUAUGUAUGUAUGUAUGUAUGUAUAUAUGUACAUACAUAUGUGUCUUAUACAUAAAAAAAGUUCUACUACUAGUAGAGAGUUGCUCACAUGCUACAGACAAAAUUUAUAAAAAAGUGUUUAAAAAAUCAAACAAAGAUGAUUAAGAUUGUUAAGUAGACACAGGUCUACAUCAAUAAAAUGAAUUAUGUGGGUAUUCCUUUCUUGUGCAUGUCGUAAUUUAACGUUGAGUUCGUCGCUAAUAUGUUACUUUUUCCCCUAUUGUAGUAUAAACUGAAAAUUGUCUCUUGUGUCAGUUACCUGUGAUACUUUUCUAACUACUAAAUCAAAUGCACACACCAUUAAAAAAUAUAAUGCUGCAUACAUACAUAUGUACAUACUCGUACAGGCAAAUGCAUAUUUAUUUAUUUCCUACGAAACAUCAUAGAGCACCUUAAAAACUAUGAGCACUACGCACAUUCAACUCCCUCAAUAAAAUAUACUCAUUUCUUUGGGUGGCUCCAAGUCACUUAUAUACAUAUGUAUGUUCAUACACUUCCGUUCACUCAUUUUCUCAUUUACUCACUCGCUCAUUUGGAACAUUAUUUUUACUGUUCUGUUCACCACUUUUUGUACUCUCAAAGUUGCUUUCGCUCAUUACUCUCUUUGAUAUGCAUUGUUAUUUUACUCUCCUUUUGUUUCCUUUAUAUUGCUUUUGCGACCGAUAUUCCGGUGUCUUAUGCAUUGCGCGGAGUGUAAAUUGCUUGUACGGAAUAUAUACGGCUUUUAUGGUUACGGCUAGCCGACACAUCAUCAUCAAAUGCUACCAAAAAAAUAUUUCCACUGUUUGGAGGAAUAGUAACAAAUUGACGCUGCGUGGUGAAGUGUCGAUUUUUUAGUUGUUGUUAGUAUAUCUUAACGAGGCAAAUUUCUCACGUUUUAUAUUUGAUUGUGCGAAUAUAUACAGUACAGUGCUCGCUCGCUGAUAGUUAAAAUAUGUCUACCUUUAUUGUUUUAAAUAAAAUGAAAGUUGUGUUUUUAUAACACAAACCAAAAAUGUGUUGUAAUGUUUAACACAUACAAAUAUAUAUCCAUAAAAAAUUCUGUAAAUAAGAAUGUGAAAUAAAGUUAAAAAAAAAAAUAAAUAGGCUUUAACCCUAAAUACAUAAAAAGUUAAGAAUUUACGUUGAAGAAUGCGCAGAUAAUACCGCCGUUACUUUUUAUUGUUCCAACUACUAAAAUAUACACACCAAAAGUUACUCGCAACUAUUAUAAACAAUAAGCCAAUGCUUUACUACAAUAUAAACAAUAUAUGCAUUACGGUGGUACAAUGUAAUACUUGUACAAUAAAGAAAACGCUUUGUCAGUCCUGGCUUAUUAUGGUUCACCGGCAAAUAUAAUAUAAAAUGUGUUAUGCUAUUGACCAGUUUGUGAGAUAUUAAUAAUUAGAUAAAUGCCUCAACUACAUUAAAAUCAGAACUGGUUAAAUCGGUAAAAUUAGCAAUAAUAACAGAAUUCAAUUCAAUAUGAAAUGAAUAAAACAUAUAACAAAAAUAUUUAAGUGACCAUUAUUGUGCCAGCCGGAUAUCAUUAUUUUUUAACUCGUCUUGUCCUUAUUUUUACUACUUCAAAAAAAUGUGAAAUACUUGGAAAAAAUCGUACAAACUUACAUUUACGAAGUACUGUUUCGACGGGAAUUUUACAGUUGAGUUGUGAUUGCUUGUGUUACCGCGUACCGAUUUCAAUCACGUUUUCAUUAACUUAGGAAAUAUACAACUAUUGUACCAGGUCUUAAUCGUGUCAGUGAAGCAGUUGUUUUUAUACUUUUAUUAUUAUUAUUUUUUUUAUUUAGGUGUAGUGUUAAUUAUGCAUUUAUAAACUAUUCCUAAACUUUAAAUCAUUGCGUUAGUAUACGUAGUAUAUACAUAUGUACAUUUGUUUUUAGAUAUCGAAGCGGUUAUUGAAUGUAAUUAUAUCAAUUCUAAAUCAUUGACAUGCGAGUAUAUAUUAUAUAACUUUAAGGGAAAAAUAUAAAUUAAGUUAUAAUUUUUUUUCUUUAAUAAACCCUAUUGCACUAAUUAUUUUACCAUGUUGCACUCUGUAACAAGCUACAGAUUCUGUUCUUAAAUAUAAAUUAUAUGUUUGCAGCGCCAGCUUAAAAUCAUUGUUUGUUGACCUUUGUAAUAUACAAUGUAUAAGCUUUCACCCCAUCUGUCAUCAAAUAAAUAUGUGUUUACAUACAUACAGUACAUAUGUAUGUAUAUACAUUUUUAUUAUUUGAUAGCUUAUGAAAGAAUGUACGCGUGAAUCCACAUCUUUACACUUACAUACAUGCUAAUUUUACUUUCCAACCCUUCUGCUAUUGGAAAUGAAGAUUUCCUGAAGCAAACUUUUUUGCACACCGUAUAAAAUGAGCACAUUGAAACAAAAAACAGAUACAAAUAAAAGUCGUUAGUUAUAAUCGUGAAUUUCAGCUUUCAACCCUUAAUAAAAUGCACAAUCUAAGGAAAUAUUUGUGCAUAUGCAAAAACAUAUUUGUAGGAUACACACGUAUGCACAUGAAUAUAUGCAAUAUGUAUGCGCAAAUAUCCUACAACAUUUUGCAGUGCAUAUUUACUUAUUUGCCAAAUGGCAUGCCAUAUUUACAUCAUACGUAAUGUUGGUUGGAGUCGGGAAACAAAAUUUGGUGAUUUAGCAUUAAUAUAAAUGCAGCCAUUUUCCGCAAUAAACCGCGCUUCUAAAGAGUUUCUGAAAAUCGCUCAGUAUACUUAAAUUAAUCUUUUCGAGUUUCAUCAAGAAAUACGUGGUGUAUGUCAGUUUAAGUGAGUUAAUUACGUAAAAGUCCACGGUGAAUACUACCUAUUUGCAACAUAAUCAACAAUACAAAAGUAACUAUCCUAAAUUUGUGUCCGUGGUAUGUUCUAAAUAAAUGAGUAAUAACUAAAUGAUACAUUAUAAAAAAAUUAAAAUUAGUUGAGCUGUCUCACGAUGUGCUGUUUAAAAAAAAACUUACCUAAAAUACGUUACUGUUAUCACAAAAAUACUAUUUACUAUGUUAUCUAAUAAAUAUUGGGUUAGUAAAAUAAUAAAUUUUGUUACAGAUUUGUGCUGUGACAUCAAUUAAAAACACAUAACGAAGAUUUAAAAUGCAAGCAAUCAAGCUUCAAUGAAUAGAAAAUUAGCGACGGAAACUGUGUACUUCGUAUAGUUAAACCAAUACAACAAAGUAAAAAUAUUUCUAAUAAAAUAUAUAAUAAAAUACCAAUAUAUAUGUACAUUAAAAAAAUUGUGUUCGUUUAUAAAUUUCACAUUAAAAUAUACGAAAUUACUCAUUUUGCGGUGACAGGAAAAAUUAUAAAGAAAUUUCAAAUUGUGCUUAACGCGAAAUUUAUUUUGAUUACUACUAAGAAAAAUUAUUAAUUUCGAAGCCGCAAUUCAAUUUAGCAUGCGCUGUGAUCUGACACCUCUCUCAUUGGCACAUGCUCAUGUUAAAUAUUCAUUGUGAUAUUUGGAUGCUGAUCCAUGUUGAGAAUUGAUAGAUCGCUAGAUCAUAUCACUUGUUCUUGGCACAUUUUGAUAACAUCAUUUAUUCCUAAUAAACUGCUAUAUAAUAUACUCCUUUACUAAGGACAAUUAAGAAUAAAGUUCCUAUUUAAUAAUUACUAAACUUUAAGAAAAUGAUCAAAUUUGUAAAUAAAAUAAUUAAGUGUAAGUAGGAUGAAAAAUAAGGUCACAAAAACAAAAAAAUGUAAAAUAUAACAGUACAAAACGCGUGAAAUAAUAAACAAAAACUUAUCAACGAGUACAAAACGAAUGGACGCAGCAAUAAGCUUAUUCAAGUCUUCUCAUUGUUCUCUGACUGAAUAGUAAUGAGAGUUAAAAGAUCGUUAGAGCAAAAUUUCACAAAAUCAAUUUGAUGAAUUAACCUUUUACACAAGCAACGCAGUUGGUCAACGUGAACUUUACGCAAUCACAUUUUCCAGAAUAUGUUCAAAGCUUCUACAAAACUGCAUAAACGUGUUCAAUCUCACGUCGAACACUUGUCACUAACUGCUUGACAAUACUACUUCAGAUCGAGCGAUUGAUAUAAACUUAUUUGGCACAAGAUCACACGAUCUUAAUUUUCAAAGUGAAUCGUACGUAAGCAUUAUAAUUGAAUAUCGCUAAUCAUGCCUUUAAGCUUUCAAUUGUAAAGCUUAGCAACACAUAGGCUUAAUUCUAUUCUAACCAUAACCAAUGUGCCCGUAAUAUGUCAGACUUACCCCUAAAUCCAAUAGAGCGGAAGUCAAUAACAACAAGGGAAAUAUCGCCAACAACAGUUACAAACGCACGAAUUGCAACCGUAACAACAACAGAAAUCACUGCUGCGACAUCAAAACCCAAGCUGUCAAAGUUUGCUACUUUAAAAUCUUACAACAACGCACAAGACUUAAUCCCUUUACAACAUAAAGAAACAGCAUACAAAGCAACAUCAUCGUUGCAACAAUCAACUAUUGAUAUAUUUGCGGCAGAUAUUAAGAAACCGACUUCACCACAGCAUCUCGAGCAUCUGACCAGAUCCAAAGCAGUUUUUGAACGGAAACGUCGACGUAGAUGUAAAAACAAACGAUCCUGUUCCUUAGUUAAUAUAAAAGUAGCUGACUUAAAAGACGAGAACCUUGAAACGGAUGACCAGGAACCAAUGUUAAGAGCAGAUGUUGAACUUUUUCAAGGAAAAAUCGUUUUCAAUUUAGAUGGUAAUGCAUUCAUAAUCGCUACAGAAAGCUCGACGCAAGAUUCUAUUUUGAAUGCAAAAACAGUACAAAAAACGACUGAAUCUAAUCAAUUAUUGGCGUCAAACGUGGUUGGGGAAACAAAUAUUGCAACUAUAAACUUAACAACAACUACUGUAGCAAGUGCGACAACAACAACAUUGAGUACACCAUCGACUACGUUAGAGGAAGUACCAGGUGGUCAAGAUGGACAAAGACUCGAUGCGUUAAAAUGCAGCGCAAGCCCUCGUAUACAUUCAUUUCGCAUUGUGAGUGCUCAGGAUGCUACAACUGCCAACGUUGCUAACACUACCACCGCCGACAAAAGCAGUGUGGAGAAAACGGAGUUCCGAAAAUUGUAUACCGAACAGCAACAACGUAGCCGAUACAGCACCUUCGACGACAACGAUAGCGAUAGUAGUAAUGGUCACAAAAUAUCUUCCAAAAUACAAAAGUCGAUAUUGAUGUGCUUUAUAUGCAAACUAUCAUUUGGGAACACAAAAUCUUUUAGCUUACACGCUAACAUAGAACAUCAACUGACACUACAAGCAAAAGAACAGCAUUUAUUAAACCGCGAAUACUCGAGCGUAAUUAUACAGCCGCAAAAUAUGGAUGAACGGCCGCAAAUAUCAUUCCUUGAGCCAAUUGAUGUGCUCAAUGUAAUCCAAAAUGACAAUUUAAAUUCUGAGACUGAUAUUCAAUUUAAUGAGGGUACAUCACAGGUAUUUUCUUGUAGACUUGAUACUUCCAACUCUGAGAAAUCGACUGCAGGAUGUGUAAUGCGCGAAAAAUCGGAAAAACCAGCGACAAUAUUGUCAAACUCUAAUUCACUAUCGCCAUCUUCAUCGUCAACUUCCCCAGUGUCGUCAGUAGUUCCAAUAACACAGACAGCGUUGUCACCAUCAAAAACAGUACCAAAUACGUUGUCCAGCGCAAUUGAAUGUAUUAAUGAUAGUCAUCUAUUGCUAACAACCUCAUUUUCAAAAUGUAUGCUCCAGGAGCAGCAAUAUGAGGAGAACGUUCCUGUGCCAACGACAGCAGUAACAACACUGUUAUCAAGCCCAAAAUUUGACAGCAGUGAACAACAGCAGCAAAAAAUUAAGGCAAAUGUACCCAUAAAAUCCGUCGACAGUGCCGAUUCCGAAGUUCAAAGUGCAUCGAUAUCACCAUCACUGUUUCCUUCAACAGAAAAUAUGUUAGCAGCUUCCACACUCUUAUUACCAAAAAAAGAAUCAGAAAAUAUUACUAAAUUGGACGAGACAUAUAGUUUGGACACUAGAACUGCAACUGGCAGCGUUUUAUGCUCAAAUGCUGAUGUACAAUUGAAGCCCAGAUUGAUAACGUCCCUAAUCCCUACAACCAAAAACACCUCUAUGACCUGUGAUAUGGGCAACAAUGACGAACACGGUUUAUAUUCAGAUGACAUCCUUAGCCCACCUUUGUCAAUAUUUCGGAAAAGCCAUGAUAAAAUGCUAGAAAUGUCCACAUUAGCAGUUAAUGCUCCAAUUACUCAAGGUGACUUUGAACAUUUUCAAGAGCCUUCAGGAACAGUAUCAGAGGAAGAUAAUAUGUUGAAUUCAACAGAUACACUGGCAGCCACAGUUACAUUUUUGCAGCAGCAGCAACGACAAAUUGCAACAAUGGCUAGUAGCUCUUUUGACCCUCCUCAACCGGGAUUAGUGACCAUUGCACCUACGCCUACUCAACUCAGCUGCUUACAAGCUUCUUUGGCAGCUUUAUCUGAUGAUAUAAAAGUCAACUGUGGUACUACAGAUGCACACAAAACUAACGCUAAAUUGUUCACUGAUUUUUUGCAACAACAUCUUAAUUUACAACAGCAAAACACCUUUUCCGACAUUAGUGGCAAUUAUUCCGAACAUACCGACCAUAACGAUGGCGAAAAUUGCGAAAUUCAACAAUUAAAGACGCCUCCAUAUCACAUUUCAAACCACCAGUUUGCCAACAACACGUCGAAAUUCUCGCCAAAUCGCAAUAAUGGCAGUUGCACCAAUAGCGCUAUUAUGAAAUCUCCUGCACACAUGACUACAUCUCCUACAGCCGUCAAUGUCUCAACUGCGGCAGUAGCAGUGACAGCGACAAUCCAGCAACAACAUGCAGCUACUGCUGCAGCUGUGGCUGCUGCAGCGGCCGCAGUCUCAGUGGCUAACAAUACCCCAAGUUUUACUAUCGGCGCAUGUUCGGACCACAUCAACGGACGGCCAUUAGGCGUUGAAUGCGCUCGGUGCGAAAUGAUCUUAAAUUCAACGCGACUUAACACCGGCGUUCAAAUGUCAACUCGCAAUUCUUGUAAAACAUUGAAAUGUCCUCAAUGCAAUUGGCACUACAAAUAUCAGGAAACACUCGAGAUUCAUAUGCGUGAAAAACACCCGGAUGGUGAGAGUGCUUGUGGAUACUGUUUGUCAGGUCAACAGCAUCCUCGUCUAGCACGCGGCGAGUCAUAUUCUUGUGGAUACAAACCGUAUAGGUGUGAAAUUUGUAAUUACUCGACAACGACAAAAGGCAAUCUUUCUAUUCAUAUGCAGUCAGAUAAGCAUUUGAAUAAUAUGCAGGAGUUGAAUAGUUCACAAAGUAUGUUAGCAGCCGCCGUCGCUGCUGCUAAUAGUGGAAAAGCGGAUGUUGCAUCUAAAAUGUUGAUGUCCAACAAUGCUGCAGCUGCUGCUCAACAACAACAGCAACAGCAGUCACUGCCGCAGUCUCAGCCGCAACAACCGCAUUCUACGCUUGUCGCCAGUUCGUCAAUGAUCAGUAGUGGAGGUCCUUCUGUGAACGCUGGUGGUCGCACCAGUGUUGAUGGCAUUGGAACUAAUUGCAGCAUGCUCAAUAAAAAUAAGCCGUCUUUUCGUUGCGACAUUUGCAGUUAUGAAACAUCUGUGGCACGUAAUCUUCGUAUACAUAUGACCAGCGAAAAGCAUACGCAUAAUUUGGCCGCACUACAAAAUAAUAUCAAGCACAUACAAGCCUACAGAUUUUUACAGCAGCAUCAGCAAGUAAUGGCCGCACAUCAGCAACAACAAUUGGCAGCAGCAACACAGGUGCCACAAUCACAAUUACCAGCACUGACCAGUGAUGCAGCCAAUAGUUUUUUGCCAGAAAUCGCUUUAGCUGAUUUAGCUUAUAAUCAAGCGAUCAUGAUACAAUUCCUGCAGCACAACUCUGUUAGUCAACAACAGCAGCACCAUGAAUCUGUUGCCAAAAUGCAAAUAAAAACUUCACCAUGUUCCUCACCACAUUCCAUGCAAAUAGAACAGCAGUCAACAGUUCACCAGCAGCAACAACAACUCCAACAAUUACGUCAACAUUUGCAGCAGUGUUAUUCACCUAACAAUAGUUCAUCAUUAUUGCCUUCGGCGGAUCCGUUCAGCACUAGCGAUGUACAUUUUUCUUCCAACGUUAGUGGUAGCUGCAGCAACGACGAAACGUUGGAGCCACCCAUACAUGCCGAUCCAUGUCCAAAAAGCGUCUAUAGUUGUUUAGUAUGUGGGGUGUACGGCACAAAUAGUUUAGACGAACUGAACCAACAUUUGUUAAUUGAUCGCUCACGUAGCUGCAAGAAGCAGCAAUCAAUACCAACAAAUACGGUCAAAAGCAGUUGCACUGAGAAAGCUGAGAAAGCUAAUGUAACUAAUAGCAAUGAAGUGAUGGUGAUUCUAAACAACAAUUACAUUUGCCGAUUGUGCAACUAUAAGACUAAUUUAAAGGCAAACUUUCAGCUGCACAGCAAAACGGACAAACAUCUACAAAAAUUGAACUAUAUAAAUCAUGUACAUGAAGGCGGUACACAAAACGAAUACAAGCUAAAACAUUUACACCUAGCUUCCAACACAGUACAACUUAAAUGUAACUGUUGUGAUUUCUACACAAAUUCCAUCCAAAAGCUGUCAUUGCACACACAGCAUAUGCGUCAUGAUACAAUGCGUACAAUUUUCCAACAUUUACUACAUAUCAUGGAACAGCAAAAUUUUGAGCGAAACAAAACCGAACAAAUGCCAGCACACUCAAAGACUCAUUCACACAAAGAUGCAGUUGAAAUUGUUCCAAGUAUUCGUGAGUCGCAUAGUGAUAUGCCUGUUCAUGACAAUGAUGGAAAUCACACCAACCGGAGCAGCAGCAUUGUAGUGGAAGACACGCCCCAGUCGAUGCAAAAAUCUUUAACAUGUCAAUUGUGUGGUUUUAGCACGUUCACGUUGCUUAAUAUGAUCCAACACGUAAAAAGUAUGCGUCAUAUGCAAAUAGAACAGUUUGUUAAUCUACAACGACGCAGCGAGCAACUUGAUCCUCCUAGUCUGGAUGACGUUUUCAAGGUGGCAGAAUACCCUACACUACAGUCUUUGGCACUAACUGUUGCUGCAAGACAAGAAGAAAAUAACAUGAUUGAGAAUGUCAAUACUACAUCUGUAUCGGUGCCAAUGGCACGCUCACCAAACGAUGAUUUUGGCUGUAUUACGUCUAGUAGAGAUCACAACUCUUUUUCACCAUCAUCUAACUCCUCAACUGCUUCAGGAAACACCAGUGUACGCAGCAAGAGCUAUAAUAAUGUCAAUAUUUUUAACUUUCAAACUACUAACGAUGAUAAAGAUGCUUCAACAUCAGUCUUGCCGGGAACCAGCCCCCUCGUCAUGCCCUCAGUUGUAUUUAAAUGCAACAAUUGUGAUUUUUUUGCACAUUCUAAAACAGAAAUGGAACUGCACCUGAGUGCAGUACAUCCUCUAACUGAGCCAGAUUACAUUAGCAUCCCAACGAACUCUGCUGCCAUAGAAGCAUUUCAAGCGGCUGUAGCCGCAGCGACAGCAGCAGCUUCUGCGGUGACUACCACCCGUGCUCCUAGUAAUAAAUCUUACUCAGAAAAUGAUAAUUUCGCAACUAUUGUCAAAAGAGAGCGUCUCUGUACCCCAGAAAAUGAGGAAAACGUAAAGUCCGCAGAUGUACAAAUUGCAAUGUCGGUACAGGAUGUGUCGACAGUUACACCGUGGCUCACAUCGACAACGAAUACAGUAAGUAAUAACGAAACUUCAGCAGCUAUGGUUCAACCCAAAUCAAUUCAUAAUGUGUUACGUGAGUUGGAAAAGACCGCUGAACAGGAAGAACAGCUAAUUGAGGAUACAAGUGGAGUCAACGCAUUGGUUGAAAGUACCAAAAAAAUUUCCAGAGAAUCAGUCAAUGUUCAGUGCCCCCUCUGUACAGAUACAUUUGAUAGCAAACAGACAUUGGAAAUGCAUUUGAUGAAUGUACAUAGUGUGAAUCGCGAUGGUUUAUCACGUCUCCUACAAUUAGUAGACAUUAGCGCUUGGGAUUUAAAUGGUAAAACCUCAGUAACGUUUACUGUAGCUAAAGAGUGUAAAGGCUCAAAUAUCGCCACCGAAACAACAACUGAGCAAACUAUCACUGGUAAUUUUAAUAUUAAAGCAUCGACAGAAUUGGACUUAUCGCUAAUGGAAGUUUCAAAUGACACGCCUUUAAAUCUCAAUGUUUCACAUACCUCGACUUACAUGCAUUCCAUGGAAUCGCUAAAUAAUAAUAAAUUAUCAUGUCAACAGUGUGGUUUAAAAUUCAAGCAUGAACUACAAUUGUUGCAACAUGCGCAAAAAAUGCAACAUUUCAUAAUCUUGCCAAAUGGUGAUCACCGUUGUUUAGCUGCUAGUCAUCUUAGCCGACCGUGCCAAUCGACAUUUCCCACUCAAGCUGCAAUGGUCAUCCAUUAUAAAAAUACUCACACUAGCUUGGUCAUAUCCGAGCGACAUGUGUAUAAAUACCGAUGUAAACAUUGUUCACUUGCAUUUAAAACCCAAGAAAAACUAUCUACCCAUUUGCUAUAUCACACUAUGCGCGAAGCCACCAAAUGCAUGCUCUGCCAACGAAAUUUUCGUACUACUCAAGCGCUACAAAAGCACAUCGAUCAAACACAUCAUAGUAGCGGCGAUCAACAUGUCGCCAGUAAAAGUCCAUCGACAGCAUUAAGCUGUAGCGGCCGUGGAUCGCCAGCCUUACAGAUGAGUCACGUCCAAAACAAAACCCAAUUAAAUGAAGUUAUAUCAGACAAUGCAGCUAAAAACCAAGACAUCAAUGGUAAAUUUCGUGAAUCGCCCCCAAUGACACCGAAAGCAAAUGAAUCUCCCAACGUCGCGCCUUCUCCAUUACCAGCUAACAUAUUGCAAGACCAGCAGCAACAACAACAUGUUGCUGCUUUCACCGCUGCGUUAUUAAAUCAACCAUUACAGCAACAACAGCAUAUGAGCGGCGAUGAACUAACAGAGAGCGGUGGCCAUCUGAUGCAGCAUUUACAAUUGAAACCACGUAAUUCCCUCUUAACACAAAAAUAUCUUCAUCAGCAAAAUCUUCAAAAUCUUCAACAAUUGCCACAAUUGACUGCAGCAGCAUCUACAUCCGGCUUGCAAUUGAAUCCUGUCGAGAUGUUUAAUUUAAUGCAGUUUCAUCACAUUAUGUCAAUGAACUUUAUGAAUCUUGCACCGCCUCUAAUAUUUGGGGUCGGCACUAAUUCUGGAUCUGCUGGCAAUGUUAAUUUGUUAACAACCACUCACACACCUAAAGUUACUCACAACACAAGUGCCAACGCUCUUCAAUGUGGGAACGAUAUGUCGGUACCAUGCACAUCAGUGUCGCCACGAGCGGACCUAAUAGGUACAUUGCAGCAACAUCCUCAGUCCCAAUCGCAGCAAUCUGCGCCAACAAAUACCGUUCAGAUGGGAAGUAAUCAGAAACGUGCACGGACGCGUAUCACUGACGACCAGCUAAAAAUCCUGCGAGCCCAUUUUGAUAUUAAUAAUUCACCAAGCGAAGAAAGUAUAAUGGAAAUGUCACAAAAAUCGAAUUUGCCAAUGAAGGUCGUCAAGCAUUGGUUUCGGAAUACAUUGUUUAAAGAACGUCAAAGAAACAAAGACUCCCCCUACAACUUUAAUAAUCCACCAUCUACAACACUGAAUUUAGAAGAAUACGAACGCACUGGACACGCAAAAGUUAUACCGCUGAACGAGGAUUUACCUACGUCAUCGCAUAACCCUAUGCACCAACAACAAAAGCAAAAUAUGCAUGUAUCUAAUUCCAAAAACAAUUCAAAAGAAAAACUAACCCCUAUGUCGGACAUAAGUGGCGAUUCCUCGUUAUUAAUUGAAAUCAAAACUGAACCGUUCGAUGAUAAUAUUGAGCCACACAUUACAACUCCAGGGAGUCCACAUCGUCAAAAUGAACAGCAGCAACCACAAGAACAAAGCCAACGAGAACAGCUUAAGAAAGACGAGAAAGAUUUAUUGAGCACGUCAUCGACAUUGCUGCUGAGUAAACGACAACAGUAUUUAUCCGCAUUGCCAGCGACUAAACAUCAACAACAACUUCUUGAAAUGCCAGAGAACACAGCAGUGGAAACGGCUGCUGUUACGCCGUUGGAGCAGCAUAAUCACCAACAACAACAUUUGUCUGGCCAAUCAAAUCAAAAUAUUCUCCAGCAACACUCUCAGCAUAUCAACCUAUAUAGUUAUGAAACCAAAUCAGAAAGCGGCAGUUCGGACAUCCUCUCCAGACCUCAGUCACCAAACAACAGUUCUACAGUUGUAACCACACACUAUGCCAGCAUUAAUGAGUUAAUAAACCAACAAUUGGAUAAUUUGCCGCUCGGCCAAAAUAACAGCAAUAUAAAUGCUGCCAACAUGCACGGUAACAACAUGGGUCCGCCGAAAAACUUUCAAACUAGCAAAUCUUUCGAUAAAAAUUCCCCGUCUUCUCAGUUUGACACCAAUUCAAAUUCUUCGAAUGCAUCGUCCACAUCUAGCGGAAAGCGCGCAAAUCGCACACGCUUUACGGACUAUCAAAUUAAGGUACUACAGGAAUUCUUUGAGAAUAACUCCUAUCCAAAGGAUAGCGAUUUGGAGUAUUUAAGUAAGCUAUUGUUGCUUUCUCCACGAGUUAUUGUUGUUUGGUUUCAGAAUGCUCGCCAAAAACAGCGGAAGAUUUAUGAAAAUCAACCAAAUAACUCACUUUACGAAACUGAAGAGAAAAAACAUAAUAUUAACUACGCCUGCAAAAAGUGUAAUAUGACAUUUCAGCGCUAUUACGAGUUGAUACGCCACCAGAAAAAUCAUUGCUUUAAAGAAGAAAAUAACAAAAAGUCGGCCAAGGCACAAAUAGCCGCAGCACAGAUCGCACAAAAUCUCAGCUCAGAAGACUCCAAUUCCUCGAUGGAUAUAAAUAAUAGCAGUGCGUAUCAAUUACAUCAUCAACAUAUUUCUAGUGCUGGAGCAACAGCGGCGUUGUCAAGUACUGCCAACGUUUCCAGCACAUCACCCAGCAGCGCAGCUCCUGACCUUACAUCGCCACAGCUUUUAUUUGGUAAAUCGUCAAUGUCAAUGACUGAUUUUAGUCCAUCCACUACACCCACUCCGCCACAAAUACAACGAGAGCGUAGCGAUAGCAGUGAAUUGCUUCCGCAAGGUCCAGUGCACAAGUCAAAAUUCGAAUGUGACAAAUGCAAAUUACAAUUCAGUUACUACGAACAUUUCCGCGAGCAUCAGUUAUUACAUCUAAUGAAUCCUAGCUUAUUUACCACACAAAUCACAAACAUACCAGAGGCUUAUGGUUCAUUUGGCAACAUAUUGCAAAGUUUACAGCAGGUUGCAGCUGCCAGUGCCACGCAUGAGCAUCAAUUCCUAGAACAGCCAGACCAACCACCCGCAAAAAAACGUAAGUGUUCUGAAACAUCUUCAACAACAGAUGAAGUGCCAGCAAUUUGUGCCUCUGGUGAUGGUGAAAUCAGCAGCUCUGCCUCAUUUUCAAAAAGUAAAAGAUACGAUUUUUUAUAUCAAUAUUUUAUGCAAAACGAAAACAACAAUGAAUUGAAGCAACAAUUUCAAGCACAACACAAAAAAUCACAUGAAUCAGAAAUCGAAAUGGAAUAUUUAGCAAACUUUUACCAUCAAAGUGAGUUACGAAAGCGUAGUAAUUAUGAUUUCUUGUAUCAAUAUUAUCAAAAAAAUGAACACAUAAAGCAAAUGAGUGCUUUGCCCUCCCAAGCGAGAUUUUUCGGUAGUGAGAACAAGCCAAAUAUAGAUGUUCUACUACAGUACUAUCAACUGAAUGAAUCAAAAAAGUUUUUUCAGUUAAAUGCCUCGAAUCAACAAAUAAAUGACCACCCGACAGCGUCGCCAAUAUCGACAUCACAAUACCAACAUGUAAAUAAUCCGAUACCAAUAUCGACUAGUGACCAUACAACCACACCUAGAAUUGAUCGGUAUGAUAUAACCGAUAUGAGUUCGUUGAAAAACUCUUUGGAUGUCCUUAAUAGUACUAUUAAUUUUCCAGAUUACGAUAAUGACAACAACGACCACGAAACAAGUAGUAAUGGUUGUGGUAUGGAUGUUGACGACGCUGAAAUUCAUACUGAUACCGAUGAUCAUAUUAAUGACAAUAACCAAAAAUCGAAUGAAAACUAUGGUCACAAAAGCCAAAUAAAUGUAAUGAAAAGCAGUAACGAUACUGAUAACAAGGGUUAUGAUCAAGUGGCUAAUAAAUUAGCGGGAAUGGAUCAAAUUAAUAAACUAGCUACUAACCUGCAAUCUCCAUCUUCUUAUGGCAAUGAUAAACAUAAGCCCAAGAAUUUAAGUAAAUCUCUGGCCAGAUAUGUAAAAAAUCAAAAAGAUAAUCUGGCAAAGUGUAAAGCAAAUCAUGUCAAUCAAAAAUCCGAAUCCAAAGAAAAAAGUAAACAACAGCAGCAUUAUAGCGAUUUACUCCAAAUACAAAAUGAAACCAACGGUCUUGGAAAUAAUGAAUUAACCCUACAAACAAUGGAUAAGAGACACUUGCCAGAGACUCCAAUAUCAUCACCGAAUUCCACUACAAAUUCAAAUAAUAAACCUACCGUUGGAUCAUCGAACACAACAGCAAACACAGUCACUGGUAUUACUGAAAAACAACAAAGCAAACGUUUACGCACUACAAUACUGCCAGAGCAAUUAAAUUUUCUAUAUGAAUGUUAUCAAAACGAUUCGAACCCAAGUAGAAAAAUGCUUGAGGAGAUCGCAAAAAAAAUUAAUCUUAAAAAACGGGUUGUACAAGUUUGGUUCCAAAACUCACGUGCCAAAGAUAAAAAAUCACGCAAUCAACGCUUUACCGCAAUAUCCGAUGACAGCAACUACGAGGACGCUUCGCAAAAUAACCGAGAUUACGGACUGUUUCAAAAAAAUGCAUUGAAAUCCACUAAAAGACACGGCAGCAAGGACGCGAACUUCUUACCUGACGCUAAUAUUAGUAAUAACACCAACACUGGAAUGGAAUUGGGCGGAUGUAAUUUAUCCCAACUGUCUCAAGUAAACAUUCAGCAACAUGCCUUAUCUAUUGAGCACAUAUGUAAAGUAAAAAUGUUAUUGGAGAAAACCGCUGUUGAGGUCAAACUUAAUACCGAUUCGAAAAUCUUUUCAACUGCAGAAACUGAUGACAACGUAGAAUAUGGGAAUAAGCAAAUUGCAACUGACAAGCCAAAUACUAACGCCGAUUUAAAAGAAAGAAAAUAUGUCACAAGUGGCGAAUCUGAUUUUAACAGUGCUCAAGAUAGUAAUUUCAUGGCGCAUAUGGAUACUGAUAUUGCCGGUAGCGAUAGACUUGGCACAUUUACGAGAAUAUAUAAGGAACUUAAACUACAAAAUGCAAAGAAACGGGCCAUCGGUUAUACAUCCAAUAACCAAAACACCGAAUUAAUGGAAUGGUAUGAACGUGACAAUAUUAAUAAUGAAAGCCAGGGACUAACAACAAACGACAUGAGUUACAAUCGAUGCAAAGGGUUACAACCACAGAAUACUAAACAGACUUCAGAAGAAAAUCAUAAAACACCAGAAAGCUAUAAAAUUAUUAAUUUGACUUACAGUGCCGAGAAUAUUGACAACACAGAUAAUAAAAGCAGCAACGGAAAUAAAAAAUGUGGCCAACAUGUCGAAGCUCACGAUUAUAAGCAUUACAAUAACCUUAACAACAUAGUCAGUAAUAAAGUAAUGAAAAUGCAAUAUAAUAUUAACGAUAGCGAACGCAGUAGCAGCAAAACUACAUUUUUUUCUUCAAACACACCGCAGGUAACCAGUAUUGCUGACGAUGAAGAUACGUAUAUAGGCGAAAACAAGGAUAGUUGUGAUGGGAAUACGCUAGAUCUAAAUGAUAAUAAUGAGACCAAACAAAACGCAUCAACCAGAAAUGAAAGAAUAACAGCAAACAGUAGCAGCACAUCUUGUACAUUAACAACCAGUACAACGCAUACGCAAUUAACCAAUGCUCAUGAAAAAGAUAUUAUUCAGCAAUUAUUCAAUUGUAAUCAAAUAACUGGUGAGUUUCAUGAAGCGCAUGCGGAAAAGCAGUGCGGUUAAGUCCUGAUAUAAUGUAUAUAAUUCCCCAAGGGACGUUCUCGAAUAAUUGCACGGCUAAGGUGACUAACAAUAAAAAACAUGGUCAUAUAAUGAAAAUUGGUUAUAAGAGAAAUCUGCCAAGCGGAGUGAUAAAUACAAAACGUACUAAAAGUUAAAAGGAUUUAUUGUAAAGAAUACUCGCAACAUGUUUUAUGAUAACAAAAAAACUUAUACUAAAAGACAGAUACACAUAGUUCCUAUUUUAAAAAAUAAAAUAAAAUAACAUUAGUAACGUAAUUUAAAAUCUAACACCUCGAUUUAUAAAGAAGAAAAUAUUACAUUAUUCAAUAUAAAGCGGCUGAUAUACACGUGAAAAUAUACAUAGAAACACAGAAAAUUUAUGUUAGUUGCAGUUACGCAUUAAAGGCGAAAAUAAAAAUAUAAAUAAAUAAAAGUAAGAAAAGCAAACAUUGAUAUGGUAGCGCCAAAGAGUGGCACUAUUAAAGUGUGCUUCGAUGGAAAAUAUGAAUGAGAAUAUAUUACAAUAUUUUCAGUGUUGUGUAAUUAACACGUAAUAUGUAUUAAAGAAAUCGAGAUUUAAUUAUCUAAAAAUUAAGGCUGGGGUCUCAAUCGGUCCUAACCAAAACGAAAAGAAACAAACAUACAUAUUUUACCCGUGUCUAAGAUGAUAGGUGUAUUACAAUAAAUUAAUCUAAAUAAGUAAAAGUAAAAAUGAAAGGAAAAAAUUUUAGUGAAAAUAAACGAAAACUAACAUAAAAUAAAUUUUCGAAAAAUAUGCAACAAAGUUCCUAGCAUUUUAGUGUGCUACAUACUAUUUUGCCUAUGUUUAUUCCUUUAUUAAAUUAAAGCUGAAGAUCUGGCUAAUUUAAAUGUCUUGUAAUGUUGAAAGGUAAUCAAUUACGCAAAAACCAACAACGCAGAGUAGUCAGUUAAAUUAAGCAAUUUAUAUUUGUAACUUGUAACUAUUAAAGAAGAUAUUUAUUUGAAAAUAUAAUGAAACAAUGGUCGAAUAUAUUGCUUAAGUUAAUUAUAUAUAGUAAACUACUGUAACACUUAUCCCCAUUAACGCCCUUGCGAAGUAUAAUAAAGAACCAGCAUUACAAACCAUUACUUAAAAGUAUUUCAGCACAUUUGAAUUCAAACAUGCUUAUAAUUAUUACCAGACAGCAAGCAACCAGCGUAAAAAUUAAGCGAACGAUUAAAUUAUGUGGCCAACAUACAUACAAGCAUAUAUCCUUACUAAAUACAUUCAGACAUACAUAUGUGCCAACUAAAAGUAAAGAAAUAAUAAAAUUAAAUAUGAACCAAAAAAAAA